AUGAGUCUUUUCGCUUUAGAUCCCGAGCUAGAGCAACAGCUAAAUGAUAUAGAUGAAUUUAUCAGGGCACAGUAUGGCGACGAUUUAUCUGCCGGGUUCAACCAGAGCGAGUGGCUUUUGCCUUCACAAACUGGGGAAGCCCCGAUGCAGACAAGCUUCUGGAACGUAAGGGGUACGUCAGAGUUUUUUUGUUAUUUUUUUUUUUUUGACUAAACUUUAGAUUUGGCGGAACGUAAUGGAAUGGCAUACCACCCAAACAAUUUGAAUGUUGUACGUGGCAAACAGCAACGAAGUACACUCGCUGCGAGGCGUCGACAUUGCUUUCGGGUAUUAUCAAAAUGACAUAUUCGAACCCAAGCUCGCUUUCCUCCUGUCUUACACUCAUUUCUUCUGCAGAAAAUAUGAUAUGUUUGAAAAAAUAGCAUGUACUUUGAGAGGCCAACAAAAGGUAACAGACAAAACAAAAAAGCUGAGACUGGUGGUCGUGCAUCACCAAAUGCACUUACGAUUUGAACAAUUUUGUUUCAUCUGGUAUACAACUAAAAUAACAAGGUAAUAAAUGUUGUCAAAUGACUCUUAGAGAGCGACGAGUAUCAAAACAAACAAACCCUCCUUGGUUGCUUCGUUAGCGACUUAAAAGCAAGAAAAUUGGGGCAUCAUUCUCUCUCGUGAUGAACUUCACUAAUUUAUUUUAACUUCCAUUCCGAAACGUUUGAUUUUAUAUUGGUUUUUACAUGUGUACAUGUAACGGACUUAACGCACUUUUUUCUUCCACGUGCUUCUCAACGUCCGCUUGUGAAUAUAAUUUUCCCUGAUUGUACAAGAAAAUCGUUGAACUGACACUAAACAAACUUUUCCGCUUUGAGUCUUAUUCAACCCUUGAUGUGUGCAGCGGCGUCGGUCGAUAUUGAAGACGACCGAAAAUUUGCGAUCAUAGUCGAAGCUAAUGGUUUGAGAUAGGAUUUCAAACAUUUUCUCAAUCUAAGAUCAAACACCAAUGUUACAUAAACAUUUCCAAGUAAGUGUUGAGUGUAAAGGAAUAAAAUUUUUUUUUUAGUUGGUGUCAAAUAUUGUCGGAGUGUUAGCGUAUAAUUAAGUCCUGUUUCCUUCUCGUCUACAUCAUAUUGAUGACCAUACUUGGUUUUAGUAACAUAAAGAGACCACACUCUUUCAACAGAGCUUUACAAUAACCAUAUAAGAAACUACUCCUCCGAAUGGCCCAAUUUCACUUUCACUUAAUUUCAGCUGUUUUCCCGCUUAUGCUAAUCUAGAAAUUCCCUUGAAAGGACCGCAGGCAACUUACAGUCGAGUAAAGUAAAGAAAAGCAACACGAAGCUAACUAAAUUUAUACCCAACAAUGCACGACUUUCUUUGAUUUCCUUAGUUAAGUGAGGCUAACUCGAUUUUUACCUAACAAUGCACGUCUCCCUUUGAUUUGUUUAGUGAAAUGAGAAUUAACACCUAAGUCGUGUUCAUCUAGGUGACACCAAGCAGAUGUGAAUCUGUUCUGUCAAAGUCAAACCCCCGUAAAUCGUACUGAAGUUAGCUGAAGCCGGAAAGAGGAAACUGACCCAACUGUUUUUAAAUUACCAAACAGAGCAUGGCAUUAAUGGCAAUGACUGCCAAUAUAUCCAAAGUUAACAGUUACUACUUGUGACUUCUGGCAAAAAAAUGCUUUCUUGCCCUGCAGGUUUAAGCGUGGGUCAUUCAUACAUUCUUGAUAAAUAUUUAAGUUGGGUGUUGUAACUGUUGAGCAAUCUUCUCUGAAAAUUGUAAACUGAGUAAGAAAUGGGCGAUGUUUUUUUUCCAGCCAUUGCGUUGAUGGCUCUACAUUUCAUUCAGUUCCACUAAUAGCAUUUACAAGUAAGCAGGUUCCCUGGAAGAUGUCUUUAACCUCUAGAGGUAGGAACUUCUCUUCGUUCUAACACCCACAUCACUUGACCUUCAAGGGUACCAACGAACAUUUUUUAUGAAAAUUAUGGUGUUUUAGGUACACCAUCUGGCACUUUAAACGUAACAUUGAUUUUCAUCUAUUUUAAUGACCCAACAUUACAGGGCCUGAGGAGUAGCUGAGGUUUGGAUAAAUAAAUUUUAUUUCCGUUUAACAGAUUUCAGAUUUUACCCAGUACAAAACAUUCAUUUCAUAAUACAUUUGAGGAUAUCUGUCUUUCCACAAAGUUUCAAAUUUGUAGAACUAAAAAGUUUGUAAGCUUCCAUAAGAAGUAGACUGGAAUGGAAAAGACUUAUGACGACGCCGAUUUGGGUGACAUUAGUCACCCGACAAAGAGAAGACUUCACUAAGACUUUCUGCGAUUACAUCCCAACAUCUGCCGAUGCCUUGAACUACAAGUUUCGUUUUAAUCAGUUUCAAGUGAAAAGUAAAAGUACAAUUAUGUUCUUAGCACCGUCAUGUGACUCAUCUUUUAUCCUUAUUUUACAAAACACAAACUUGAAACUGAAGACUUUGAAACGUCUUACGUCUUUCAUUUUACUUUACGAAAUCAUUACCAGCACCGACAAGUUACCGCGGUUGUUGUCAAACUUAUCUUUAUUUUUCAGUUUCUUCCCUCUUUUCGGCCUUUCUACUAAUAUUAGACACUAAGAUUCUUCUCUGAUACAGCCCUAUUUUAGGCAGUGAAAUCGUUUUCAACGAAAUCCGCUUAAAAAAGGGCGAAAGAAUUAAGGCCAAUGCCAACAUGGUGAUCAAGUUUCGCGAUGAAAAUAGUACAUCUGCUGUAGAUUUUUACGGAAACUUGCAGCAUCGAGCAAGACUACUUUGUUAUGCUCCGAACAUUUUUUCCUAGACAAUACCAAAAGGUAGUGGAAGUCUUUCUUAGGAUGUAGCUUGGUCGCGAAGAAUGUGCAAAACGAAAAAGUCCUGCUGAGUAUCAGCAACCGUUUUUGGCAAUGAAGGACAUAAGUUCUACGUCGUUUGUUACGUAACGGACAAGAUUAUUUCGGUGGGCAGAACACCAAUAUUUACUUAGCAAAGUUUCUAUAAAUUUAUUGAACGUACAAGGUGAAUAGUUUGAACAUCGUCUUUAUCAGCUCUAGCAUUUUAAAAGAUUUUCUGCGACCGUUAGUUAGCCUAUUUUUCAAAUAAUAAUUUAAAAGAGAAAAGCGAUCUGUCUAGAACUUUUCCAUCCUUACUUCGUCUGAACAGCGUCAAAACAUCGCGAAAUGACAACGGUCUACUUCAAACGUUCUACUGGAAAUGUGCGCUCAAAACGUGACUUGUAUCUUAAAAUGCGUAAUUCAACGGGGCUUGUCAAGCCACGGGCGUCAUUCUGUUACAGUUACAGUUGGACCGUACCACAAACAACACCGAUUUUAUUCCUCUUGCAAGUUGUACGCGAUCAUCUCGAGAAAAAAUUAUUUCAAAAUGACUCCUAAUAUUUAGCAAAGAACAAAUCUACGUUAUAUUACGUCUCCUAGUUUCAUAUUUGGUUUAAUUACAACAGGAUGGUUGAUGCACAUUUGAUGUUAACAGCUAGGUUAUGUAUCAUCUGUUCUAAGCGUAUAUUGAGCAGGAAGUUUUCGAGAGCCCUUUGGCUAUUUAGGAUAAAGAUAAAUUUUGUCCGCAUGCUCCAUUCUGCCCACUCGUAAAUUCCGAAAAGGUUAGUCAAAUAGCGUUCUUGGACAUUCAGUCACCGAGCGAAGUAGCAACUGAUUUAUGACAAACCCCUUCAAGUUAUUUGCAAUGAGUCUACUGACUCAUAAACGCCACUGACAUUCAAAGAACUUCUGUAAUUAAAGAACCAAAGUAUAGUGAAGGAUGGAGUGAUUCAGCAGCAGCGUGCAACAUUCACUUCUCAGACUACUGUCAAACUGCUGUAUUAUUCUUUGUUACUAUAAUGCCUAAAAUCUGUAGCGUGACUGAAUUAGCAUUUUCCUUUUUUGUUUAUUUAACCUUAACAAGUUCCUCUUCGCUUCAACAACUCAAUGGUUCACCUAGUACCGACUAAAUAACCUGAAAGCACUAUGUAAUACCAUUUCAAGUAAAAGAUUUCUGACUCUUAAUUUUCUAAAACAGCUUGAUAUCGGAGCUAAAAGAAGCAGCGGUGUUACUUCAUCAUUUGUGAUGGUAAGAUUGAAGAAAGAGGAUUCAUCGAUAUCUUUGUUGACCGACGAGAGAGGAAAACGUUCUGAGCAUAAAAGUUUUUUGUCCACGCCCGGCGGAAGAAACAUCAUUAUUGCAGAUAAUGCAUGAGUUCAAUAACCUGUUCCUUUAGAACUGCAGGUGAUAACAUUCAAGGUGUUUGCACAGGGCUGUUGAAUAUGUUAACGUUCUAAACGAUACUGCAGGAGAUAGAGGGAGUCAUUUUAUUCAACUGCUUAAUAUACAUUCUUAGAACAUGCGUGGGCCUAUACCAACAUCGGUGUAUCGUAUUAUGUAUUGAUUACUUGGCCAGUUUUAAAUAUGUUUGUCUCCAUACACAUAAGCUUAGCUGACACGCGAUUUUAAUUACGUCCGGUUAUGGUGUUGUUUUCAAGACUUUUUUCCGUAUUAGUUCAGCUAGUUAUGAUAAAGAACUAUGUCAAAAUGCAACUUCGUCGCCUGGUGUGACCUCUGUUUCCCCUCGCAACUUCCUCUUAGGAUUGCUCUUCUACUUUUAAGUUUUAUCUUCAGACUGAUCAUUCUUCUUGCGUGAUUCUUUCGUUGCAUUCAAAUAAAUUGCUAAUGCUUCUGUGCCUGGGGGGACUUAUAAAUAUAGCUCAGCGAUUAAACAAAUUACGUAUGGAUCGGUUACUUGACCGAUAUUUGUCUACUGUAGAACAACAAUUUGGGUCAAGGUCGAGGACCGCCUCCUAAAAUAAUCUGUCUACAACUAUUCAAUAUCCGACUGUACAAAACAUUCUUUCACAAAACAACAGUGAAGUCACUUUAAAUAAUUUAAUUCUGUCACGUACAAAGCAGAUGCGGAAAAUCCACCUCUGAUGUGUUCUGAAUAGUUGAUGCGUCACUGAUUUUUAAAAGAAGUAAACCAACGUCCAAGAAAACAAAACCCCUAUUUGAAAGUCCUACUAUGGUUCACAUGAUGCAAUUACUCUGAAUUUUGGGCUCGCAAAAUUUCUUGACGUCCGCUUCCUUUUUUCAACAGCCGAUCACAGUUUUCUACCUCCUUGUGGCGCCAAGACGAACCUGUCCUCUAAAGGACAUCAACCAAAAUAUGCAAGACCUGAGGUAGAGGUUCAAAUUAUGAACCUAAUGGACACCUACGAUAAGAAGACAAAAAAAUGCUCCGGAAAAUACGAAUAUGGACUAGGAUCGUCAGAAGUAACGAUUGUGGCCCGUGCUUCCGAUGAAAUUAAGAGAGUACGAGUUUACGUUCAAAGAUGUCCUGACGCUGCGAUAAGAACUCACGACACAACAGGUUCGUUUCUCAACAGAGUUAAGCUGGAAAACGAUUCCACUUCUCUUGCAAGAGACAAUUUCUUUAAUGUAAUAAAUCAUUCAUUGCUGGGCUUCAAAGAAACAUGGACGGCCAGUAUCUAAGAUAGAAGCCACGAUAUAUUCCGGCAAUAAAAUAAACUAGGAGAAAAUAUCUAUCGCAUGCGUUGUUUUCUGAGAAUUUAGCUUUAGAAUUCUAGACCCUAAGGCCAUGAUUCUUUAGCUAUAGCUGGUUACUAAUUAUCGGUCUUCAAUCUGUUGGAAAUGUCCCCACAGGUCCCGUCGAGCUGCAAGUUAAUUUUCAGCAACACGAUCAGACACAGACUGUCCUUUCGGUAGAUUUGGGCUCUGUGCACAGAACAGAAGAGGGAUCCUCUGUGUACCGACUUGAGAAGGCUGAUGUUAUGGAGAGAAACAAGUGGGAGCUCAUCAUAAUGAUGGGUUUUCAUGAAGGAUUGGUUACAACCAUUAAGUCAAAACCUUUUAGGAUCACUACAAGAGCAACUCAGAAGGCCAAGAACCUUGAAGUACAGGAUGAAUCAAGUAGGUCACACCUUUGGUCUUAGUAGUCGGCAUAAAAAAAGCAUUACUUUAUUCCUAUUUUAUCCAUACAUGGUGUGAUAUGAUAGACGGGAAAAAGAAGGAGAACACUUAAUAUGUGUCCGCAGACGUACACUUCCUGAAAAAAGGCAAACACGUCCCUUAAUUAACUGAAGGGUCCUUAGACAGAGAAAACCCAGCAAUCGUUUCCUAAAUGGUCUCUACAUCUUUCUAGGAGGGCAGAGGUUACAUGUUCAUCACUUGAAGCAGAAAGUUGUUAUAGUAUAGCGGCGUAUUUAAUGGCUGACAAACAGAAGGAUAUACGGCCUUAGUGGGAAAAUAACCCAUCAUCUCCUCGCAUGCUAAUUUACGGAUGUAAGAGAAAGGGCCUAAAAAUCUUCGUGAGAGAAAAUAUGUUAAGUGCUCACUUAAUAACGAGCUAACGUAGGUCACUGCACUCGAGUCUUGCAAUGAGCAAAUUUUUAAUGAAACGCAUUAAGAUCAUUCCAUAAUAGGCGAUUUUGUGAUAAAGCAAAUUCAUCAGCUUGAAAUGAAUAAACGUGUGCUUGGGCUAGUAGGAAGUUCUAAGGCCCACACCAAUGACGCCAACGUGGGGGACAGCAGAGCAGCAAGCGUUUGUUACUUCCGUCUUCCACUUUUUACCCGCGUUCAUCUAAUCCUAUAUCUAUCAUUGUCUUCCAUCACUUUCUGCGUGAGCCAAAACAAACCAAAGGUGGAAAUUGCAAAGUUAAAGUCAUCAACGUUAGCUACACUUACUUGAAAUUUUUCGUCUUUUACGAUACGAGCAGUAUUGAAAUUUAAAUGUAUAAUCGUAAAAUAUGUUUGUAGAAAAACCAAUGUGGUAAUUCACAUGGCAUUGAGGUCUCAUCUCAUCUAUAAAGUAGCUAUUUGUCCAACUUGGAUGCAAAUUCUGACAACUGGAAAGCAAAGCCACAUGAAUCAAUUUACGCUUGACGCAAUAAUUUCCUUUCCUGUCUUUCGCGAGCCGAUUGAUAAGUCUAAUACAUUCUCCUUUCACUUGUAAGAGGGCGUUUUGCGUAUUUUUUCUUCGGCAAAAAAAUUAUUGAAAUUGCAGGAUAAUAAUUCGCUUAUUCUCUUUCAGCCAUCGCUGGAAAAGAAUCUUUGAGACUACCAUCGCAAUGCUGUAAAGUACCUAACCACAAACUUGCAUCCGACCACUCGCCGAGGCAGUUUACCUUUUCCGAAAUUGAAAACGACGGAGUAGGUAAGCACUUUUUCAUCAUCAGGUAUUGUUCAGAUCAUAUUUUUCACGAUAACCGAUAAAUUUUGAAGAAGAAUGUAGAAACGCCACAGAUUUCAAUAACGAGCUUAUAAACUUCACAGUCUUCAGGUAGGCUUCUUUCCACAGACCACAUCUGCAAUUUGGUUGAUUACUGGUCUUAUAGCAGUUUUAUCAAACAUUUCUUUAGCAGAAUCACACGCCACAAACGCCGUUGUCAACAGAGUAGCUUUAAAGCUUCGCCAGGAACUCUCGAAGCUUAAUUUAAAUGAUGAAUUUACCCGAUCAACGUCGACGACGCUAUCAACAAAUCCACUCGUUCUCGGAAAAGUUGUUCUUCGACCAGACACGAGACUCGAUAAGAGAAAAGUAAGUAAGACGUCGUUGUUCCGAAAACAAUCUCAUAAAAUGUUCAUAAAACAAUCUCUUUGAACUCAGUUAAGUUUCCGUCGAACGAGACCCUGAUUGUAUACUUUGUCUCCUCAUCAAUGGCUUCCAAAAUAGGACGAAGACCCAACGCGUAAAAGUCUCAUCGGAAACCCGUUCUCUUUAAUUUCUCGAGCUAUCUGUUGAGACCCAUUACUUGAAAAAGAGCACAGUUUACUUCACCGCCGCAUUCUCUCGAUGAUAAAACGGAUGAUCUUACAGGUUCGUCUUUCUAGGAAAACGCAAAGAUGUAAAGAUAUUUAAAUUGCUGUUCAUUUUUCAGGUUUCAGUACACUACAACCGCGAUGUUCGAGCUCGAUACAUCGUUGAACAACCUGAUCUUCCCAAUCUGUUAAAACUUAUGAGCCAUCGGGCACCAGCUUGCACAAGUGGUGGAAGGAGAAGAGCAAAUGGAUUCAAAACUGCCGAAGAAGACUUUUGGUGGGCAUGUGGACUAUGCUUCUUUGAAAGGCGAAAGAAAUCGACAGUCAAAGCCCAUGUAAUACAGAAAGUUUGCCAGAAAACCUCUUUGAGGAAAGAAAUGAGACAAAGAAGAAAGGCGUUGGGCCAUUUGAAAAGAUACGCAAGCUGUGAGUUUAGCACUGAAGAACACGAGGACUUUGAGUUCCUGACCUGGAACAGUCCUCUUUCUGUCUAA